AUGCCUCUCUACCAGCCCCCUAAUGUACACGCGCCUGUACUGGAACAGUUUUCCUUAGCUGGAAAAGUUGUUGCAGUGACCGGUGGUGCCCGGGGUAUCGGUCUUGAAGUGGUCCGCGGUAUGGCCGAGGCCGGCGCAGACGUCGCCCUCAUCUACACAAGCACCCUGGAUGCGCCCGAGUUGGCUGCUCAGAUUGCAAAGGAGACGGGCCGUCGUAUUCAGGCAUAUCAGUCUGAUGUGGCGGUCAGGAGUGAGAUUGCCGCUACGAUCAACAAGGUUGCCGAAGAUUUUGGCAAGCUGGACGUUGUCAUUGCCAAUGCCGGUACCUGCACCAACCGUCCCAACCUGGAGUAUGACGAGGAGAGCUGGGCCCGAGACAACCGGGUCAAUUAUGAUGGUGUGAUGUGGACAGCUCAAGCAGCUGGCAAAAUUUUCAAGAAGCAGGGCAAAGGAAACCUGAUUAUCACUGCUUCGGUCAGUGCCAUUUUGGUCAACAUUCCUCAGACCCAGGCCGCGUAUAACGCGUCAAAGGCUGCCGCCGUCCAUCUGGCCAAAAGCUUGGCAGUCGAGUGGACCGAUUUUGCUCGAGUGAACUGCAUCUCACCUGGCUUCAUGUUGACUAAAAUGCUCACCCAGCAGCCCGCCGAGCUCAUGGCGAAGUGGAUGUCGAUGAUUCCCGGAGGCCGCAUCUGCGAUCCCGCUGAACUCAAGUCUGCCUAUGUUUUCCUUGCCAGUGACGCUUGCUGUUACAUGACUGGUUCGAACAUUGUUAUUGACGGAGGAUACACUCUGCCUUAA